UUUUACUUUCAAAAGUCAGUGUAAACAACAUGAAAUGGUUCACACUGGAGAAAAGCCAUUCAAAUGCCAGUUUUGUAAUAAGAGUUUUAGGGUUAAACAAAAGUGUACACGACAUGAAAUGAUCCACACUGGAGAAAGUCUGUAUAAAUGUCAGUAUUGUGAAAAAGGUUUUAUUGAAAAACGGGAUUGUACACAACAUGAAAGGACCCACACUGGAGAAAAACCAUUCAAAUGUCAGUAUUGUGAUAAGAGUUUUAGUGUCAAAAGUGCAUGUGUUCGACAUGAAAGGACCCACACUGGAGAAAAACCAUUCAAAUGUCAGUAUUGUGAUAAGAGUUUUAGUGUCAAAAGUGCAUGUGUACAACAUGAAAGGAACCACACUGGAGAAAAACCAUUCAAAUGUCAGUAUUGCCAAAAGUGCUUUAGAGUUAAACAAACGUGUACCCAACAUGAAAACACUCACAAUGGGGAAAAAACAUUUAAAUGCCAGUAUUGUGAAAAGUGUUUUAUUGAAAAACCGUGUUGUGUAGAACAUAAAAAAACUCACACUGACCAAGAAUUAUUCAAAUGCCUGCAUUGUGAAAAAAGUUUUAGCGUCAAAAAUAAAUGUGAACAACAUGAUAUGAUUCAUGCCUUCUCAGACUAUAAAAAGGAAUUUGAAGAAGCGGAUAAUAGGACAGUGGUUUCACUACAGUCUAUAAAAAAGGAAUUCCAAGAUGAUUAUAUGCCACAUGGGCCAAAAGUAGAGAUGGAAGCUUAUACAGAAUCUGAAGUCAAAAUUAAGUUAAAUGAUGACAAUGCUCCAGACGUGAGACCUGAGAUCUAUCCAGUAGCAAUGUUUAGAAAUGUGUUUGCAGACACUGAUGAUUGAUGAAUGAUAAUAUAAUAAAAAAUAGACAUUGA